UUGAAGAGGCAAAACACGUACACCAUUCCUAUCAAUUGUUGGUGAGUUUUUGAAGUAAUUUUUGUUGCAACAUAUCUUUUUAAUUGAAAACGAACUUUUUUUUAUGGUUUUUUGUUUUCGAUUCAAAGAGCAGUUACAAACUAAAUUGGAUAUAGACACAAUUAUAUAGAAUUAAUUGAAACUAAUUUUUGAGUAUGUGAUUGUGUUAUGUGAACGAGAUAGAUUAAAUUUUAUAUGUGAGUAAUUUUCUUUUGAUGUGUCUGGAAAUUUUUUAUUGGGGAGUAGUUUUAUGUAAAUUUUUUUUGUGUACAAACAAAUCAAGAAUUGAUUGUUUUGUUUGUCUAAAAUUUGAUGCUGGUAAUAAGGAAAUUAAAUAUCAUUUUAUAUUGUUUCAGAAUUGUGGAACACUUUGGAGAUUCUUGUUUUCUGCGAAUACCUCUCUGAAUACUUUGGAUUUGUUAUUACUUGUCUUUGUAUCAAAUUUAUGUGUGGAACAAGUAAGGAAGAAAUCAACAAGCUGCUAAUAUUACUUGUCCAAUUUUAUAUUGUUGUUAUUGUUAAUAUUGCAGUCACAAACUUUUUCCUGCCAAUUCGUGUACAACUUUAGCUAAAACAAUGGACAUGCGUAUGAAAGUGCAAAUCAUGAUCUUACUACACCAACAUCUCUUUCGCACUAUUAUCUUCUUGUUUUUUCUUGUAUUAUCCAUAAUAUUACUUAAAGAUGGCCGGACUCCAAGUAAUACACGUAAGAAACGAAGGAAGUAUAGUAUUAUCGAAAAAAUACCCGAUCAAGUAAAAGAAUUGCGGCUAUUGGUUUUCACUAGUAAUAUACAUUGCAUUAACCAAACAAGAAUGGAUAUAAAUGCCUUAAUGAAGUUGAGUUACAUCUUGCAACAUGUUGGUGGCCUCGAGCAUUCUAGAUUUGUAACUGUGCAUGAACAAGUUGCCUUAUUUCUUCAAGUACUAGCCCAUCAUAAAAAGAAUCGAAUAGUUUCAAAUGACUUUAAGAGAUCCGGCCAAACUGUAAGCAAAUACUUCAACAGAGUGCUUGCGGCACUACUUAAAUUGCAUCUGAUUCUACUUGUUACCCCCGAACCGAUUGGUGAUGCCGAGACAAAUGAAAAUUGGAAACAUUUCAGGGGUUGUCUUGGAGCUGUGGAUGAAACCUUUAUAACAGUGAGAGUCGAACUCACUGAGAAGCCCAAGUAUAGGUCAAGGAAAGGAGAAAUUGCAGUUAAUGUUCUUAGUCUAUGCGAUAGAAACUGCAAUUUUAUUUAUAUAUUAUCCGGAUGGGAGGGUUCUGCUGUGGACGGUCGUGUUCUUCGUGAUGCCGUUAUGCGGCCGAAUGGUUUUAAAGUACCAUCAGGUAAUUAUUAUUUAUGUGAUGGUGGCUACAUGAACACUACUGGAUUCUUAACGCCAUAUGGGGGUAUAAGAUAUCAUUUGAAAGAUUGGUGUGAGGGUAGAGCGGCACCUCAAACUCCUCAAGAAUACUUUAAUACGAAACAUAGUAGAGCGAGGAACGUAAUAGAGAAAGCUUUUGGAUUACUGAAAACGCUAUGGGCUGCCUUACGAAGCAAUACUUUCUACCCCAUCAAAGUCCAAAAUCGCAUUAUCAUGGCUUGUGCACUCUUGCAUAAUUUUAUUAGAACUAAUAUGGAGAUAGACCCUUGGGAAUUGGAAGUCGGUGAUAUCUUCCAUGGAAACGAAGAUGAUGGUUUCAUUUCAAGUCUUGAUCCUUCUGUUACUUGGAACAAUUGGCGUGACAACCUAGCAAAUGAUAUGUUCACUCAAUAUAAGCAUCGCCGCCGAGCAUAAACUUAGAAUUAUUUGAAGUGAUGAGAACUUGAACAUUUGAAACACAUUCCAGUGUGCUUGUGAAUUAUGUUUUUCAUUUAUGGUUUAUGGUGUCAGUUCUCUUACUGAACAUUCUAUUUACUAUAUGUGUUUUUAGGAUAUCAUUGAGUAAUGUAAGACAGUGUUAUCACAUUCUUGACUACUUCCCAUUUUCUUAAUAUUGUGUGUUUACCAUGUGUUACACUUAUGUAUAUUAAUCUUUUAUACUGAACAUUAUUUCUAAAUUUAUAUUUUUUGUAGUUUUUAUUUUAACGGAGAAAUGGAGGCAUCAAUGAGUAACCCAGGAAAUGGACUAUCAAAGGGAUGCAAUGCACAAACACGUAGACACUGGACUCGUGAGGAAGAACACGGGUUGAUUGCUGAGUUGAAAAAGGUGAUAGCUAGAUGCAUGAAAGCAGAUAAUGUUUUCAAAGGUGGAUACUUGCCAACGUUAGAGCGUGGAUUAGCCAACCGUUUUUCCACGGCCAACAUUCGUGGAGAUCCUCAUAUCCAAUCAAAAUUGCAAGUAUGGAAAAAGACUUAUGGUUAUAUUUAUGGGAUGGCUUUGCAUUCAAUGAAGAAACAAUGAUGGUUAUUUGUGAUGAUGAUGUUUGGGACAAAUAUGUACAAGUGAAGCACUUUUCUAUUCAAUAUUAACUUAAUAGUUUUUAUUUACUCAAUGUAUUUUUUUUUUCCUAUAUUUGUCAUCAACUUGUCAAUAAUCCCUUGUGGAUAUUAAUUAUUGUACAAGUGCAUCCAGAGGUUAAGAAGAUGUGAUACAACUCGUAUCCGUAUUAUCUUUUGUGGUAAGAGAUAUUUGGAAAAUCGAGAGCCACUGGUGUAAAAGCACAGGGAUUUGCGGAGGUGGUCCAAGAUUUAUUGAAUGACAGAACCGAUGUCGGUAGAAGCAGAAAUCGUGGCAAAUUACCACUGCCGGAAGAUGUUAGCAUAUCAGUUGAAGAGGAAGAAUACUAUGGCGAUGCAUUACCAGUUAGCCCUCCGAUGUGUGGUGGUGGUGAUACAAAGAGCAAAACAAGUGGCUAUAAGAAACACAAAGUUUCUGAACUUACUUCUGUAGUACAACCCAUUGUCAAUACGAUGAGCACAUUUAUUUCUGACUCAAAAGAGGCUCUUGGAGACCUUAGCAAGCGACUCGGAGUGGAGCACGAUGCUUCCAUGGCAGGGAAGAAUUUUUUUACGCCCUUGCAGCCAUUCCUGGCCUCUCAAUGGACCAUCAAAUACUAGCGGCAAAUAAACUUGUGAACUCCACAUAUAGUAUGGAUCUAUUCUUUAGCAUGCCUGAUGAUGCCAAGCUCAAAUAUGUCAUGAUGUUGCUUGAUGGUCAGAUCUAGUAAUUUCUUUUUUCUUUCUCUCAUAAGAUCAAGGCUUAGACCUGUUUUUUUUAUUAUAACUUUAGUUUGUGUGUGGAUGGUAAUUUUGGUUGGUUUUGGCUGCUAUAUGGAACGGUAUUUUAGAUAAUACUUUUCUAAAUAUUUUUCUGCUUGAAUGAUUGAAUUGUUGCAAUAUUUUAGGUGAUUUU